UAAUGGCAGUGAAUGGGUGAAGCACUGGGUGAAAGGAGGACACAACUAUUACUAUAACCUGCGGACGAAUGAGGGCACGUGGGUGGAGCCUGAUGGUUUCCUGCAGAACAACACGCAGCUCAACAAAGACAACAUCCAGUCUGUGGUUUCCGGGGUAACCACGGCCUACAACCGAGAGCAGCUGUGGUUGGCCAACGAGACUCUGAUUACCAAGCUGCAAGCUCGUUGUCGUGGUUACCUGGUGAGGAAUGGCCAGAAGGAGAGGAUGAACUUCCUUAAAUCUCAGGAUCCAGCUGUUACAAGCAUACAGGCUCACUGGAAAGGCUACAAACAGAGGAAGAAGUUCAAAGAUCGUAAACAGUAUCUGAAAGAUCAUUCUGAAGACGCUGUCAAAAUCCAGUCCAUGGUUCGGAUGCAUCAAGCUCGUAAAAAGUACAAGGAUCGUCUGAAGUACUUCCAAGAUCAUAUCAAUGAUGUGGUGAAGAUUCAGGCUUUCAUUCGGGCCAACAAGGCCAGGGACGACUACAAGACGCUGACCAGUGCUGAGGACCCUCCGAUGGCAGUGGUGAGGAAGUUCGUCCACCUGCUGGACCACAGCGACCAGGACUUCCAGGAGGAGCUGGAGCUGAUGCGGCUCCGCGAGGAGGUGGUCACCAACAUCCGCUCCAACCAGCAGCUGGAGAAUGACCUGAACCUGAUGGACAUCAAAAUCGGCCUGCUGGUGAAGAACAAGAUCACGCUGCAGGAGGUGGUGUCGCACAGCAAGAAGCUGACCAAGAAGAACAAGGGCCAGCUGUCCAACAUGAUGAUGAUGAACAAGCAGAGAGGAGGCCUGAAGGCGCUCAGCAAGGAGAAGAGGGUCAAACUGGAAGCUUACCAGUUCCUGUUCUACCUGUUACAGACCAACCCCACGUAUCUGGCCAAGCUCAUCUUCCAGAUGCCUCAGAACAAAUCCACAAAGUUCAUGGACUCUGUCAUCUUCACCCUGUACAACUACGCGUCCAACCAGAGAGAAGAGUACCUGCUGCUGAAGCUCUUCAAGACGGCCCUGCAGGAGGAGAUCAAGUCCAAAGUGGACCAGAUGAAGGAGAUUGUCACAGGAAACCCCACGGUCAUCAAGAUGGUGGUGAGUUUCCACCGAGGUGCACGAGGACAGAAUGCUCUGCGGCAGAUCCUGGCGCCGGUCAUCAAAGAGAUCAUGGAAGACAAAACGCUCAACAUCAAAACGGACCCGGUGGACAUCUACAAGAGCUGGGUGAACCAGAUGGAGACGCAGACGGGGGAGGCCAGUAAGCUGCCGUACGACGUGACUCCAGAGCAGGCGAUGGCCCACGACGAGGUGAGGACCAGACUGGAGGCAUCCAUCAAGAACAUGAAGACCAUCACUGACAAAUUCCUGUCGGCCAUCAUUGUGUCCGUGGAUAAAAUUCCGUACGGGAUGAGGUUCAUCUCCAAGGUGCUGAAGGACACGCUCCAUGAGAAGUUCCCCGACGCCACAGAGGACGAGCUGCUGAAGAUCGUGGGGAACCUCUUGUAUUACCGCUACAUGAACCCGGCCAUCGUGGCACCCGACGCCUUUGACAUCAUCGAGGUGUCAGCGGGCGGCCAGCUGACCACUGAGCAGAGACGCAACCUGGGCUCUGUCGCUAAGAUGCUGCAGCACGCCGCCUCCAAUAAGAUGUUCCUGGGGGACAACGCCCACCUCAAUCCCAUCAACGAGUAUCUCAGCGCCUCGUAUCAGAAGUUCAGGCGUUUCUUCCUGGCAGCGUGUGACGUUCCCUCGCUGGAAGACAAGUUCAACGUGGAUCAGUACUCCGACUUAGUCACCGUCACAAAGCCUGUCAUCUACAUCUCCAUCGGAGAGAUUAUCAACACUCACACACUGCUGCUGGACCAUCAGGACGCCAUCGCUCCAGAGCACAACGACCCGAUCCACGAGCUGCUGGAGGACCUGGGCGAGGUUCCCACGAUCGAGUCGCUCAUCGGUGAAAAUCCUCUUCCUUCUGGCGACCCCAGCAAAGAGCUGAUGGGGAAGACGGAGGUGUCUCUCACACUCGCCAACAAAUUUGACGUCCCUGGUGAGGCCAACACAGAGAUGGACGCCAAGACUCUGCUUCUGAACACCAAGAGGCUCAUCGUGGAUGUGAUCCGGUUCCAGCCUGGAGAGACUCUCACUGAGAUCCUGGAUUUGACAGCGAGUCCAGAACAGGAAGUAGAGUACCAGCGGGCCAUGCAGAGGAGGGCCAUCCGAGACGCCAAGACUCCAGAGAAGAUGAAGCAGGUCAAACCGGUGGUGGACGACAGCCUGACGCUGCUGGGGAAGAAAGACAAGAUCAGAAGCAACCUGCAGCGUCUGGCCGAGCUGGGGAAGGUUCACCCGGAGAACCGCUACCAGGACCUCAUCAAUGACAUCGCCAAGGACAUCAGAAAUCAGAGACGGUAUCGCCAGCGCAGAAAAGCCGAGCUGGUGAGACUCCAGCAGACAAACACGGCCCUGAAUUCAAAGUCUGCGUUUUACAACGUGCAGAUUGAUUCAUACAAUCAGUACAUCAAGACGUGUAUGGACAACCUGGCCAGCAAGGGCAAGUUGUCAAAGAAACCAGGCGACAACAAAGCCAAGAAGAGUAAACAGGUUUCACAGAAGUACACGGCCGCUCGACUCCAUGAGAAGGGCGUUCUGAUCGCCAUCGAGGAUCUGCAGCCCAACCAGUUCAAGAAUGUUAUUUUUGAGAUCUCACCAUCAGAGUCUGUCGGGGUGUUUGAUGUGAAGGCCAAACUCAUGGGUGUUCACUUGGAGACGUUACAGUUAGAAUAUCAGGACCUGCUCCAGCUGCAGUACGAGGGAGUGGCGGUGAUGAAGCUCUUCGAUCGCGCCACCAUCAACGUCAACCUGCUCAUUUUCCUGCUCAACAAGAAAUUUUAUGGGAAAUAGAGAAACGGGAGAAAAAGGCAACAGACACUGAUUGAAACCACAAAACCCACGAGGGUCGCUGAGCUCCUGCUUCCUGCAAUGUGCACUUCUCUUAUGUGCUAAUUUAUGUGCAUUAUUUUUAUUUUGUGCUGUAACUGGAGCGAGCAAACAGAAGCUUUCUAGAGUUUUCUUCCUCUUUCACAUCUGUAACUGCAGCUCAGCCACAGGUUUAAGAUUUGUAUCAUGUUUGCUUGUGCAUGGGCUUUGAAUAAUUAUAAAAAUGUAUGUUUUAUGUGAAGAGAUCAUGUUUUAUGUCUUUCUUAGUUGUGAGUUGAUCUGCUCAUCUCCUGAUAAACGUAUAUUUUCAUCCUGA